GCGGUGACUAAAGAAGGCUGGCAAAGAUAAAGAAGGUUGGCAUUCCGGUCGGCACGCGGUUUCUUCUAAUUGUAGGAGGAAGAAGAAAGCAAGGAUUUGGCAGCCAUCUUCCUCUUCCGCCGCCACACCCCACUAGUGGAAGACCAUGAAGAAGGGACAGCCAGUAAAGAAGCCGGAAGAGAAAUCAAAAGAAGAGACACCUGAGGAAGAGACCGUUGAAGAACAGACUGAAGCUCCCGAGGAAGAGGAAAACGAAGGCGAUGAAGAGGAACGCACUGGUGGCCAUGAAAAGUCUAGCAGGAGAACAAGCGGCAGUAAAAGCCACGACUCGCCGGAGAAGUCAGUGUCCCGGUCCAGAAAGGGUAGCAAGAAGUCCAUUGUCUCUGCCGACGCUGGUGACCACAGAACAGGCUUAUCCACUGAGAAGGAAGAUGCUACAGGCAGCUCCGGCAAGCACCGCGCUCGCAGUUCAAUCACGUCAAAAGAGAGCAAGCACGCCAAAGGGGAAGGACAUGAAGAAACGGAAGCAGAAGCCACGGAGCAUCCGGAAGAAGAGACCGAAGGACAGCAGCCGGAAGAAAACGAAGAGACCGGUGCCACGACUACGAAGGGCAGUGCCGUGAAGGAGACUUCUAGAGGGAGUCGCAAGGGCAGUCGCAAGGGAAGCAGCAGAGCCACACAGGAAGGCACUACCAAAGUCUCUGGAGAAGACACAGCCGGGGAGAUGGGCUCUAAGCAGGGUAGCGAGGGAUCCACCAAGGAGAGUGCCGCGGCAACGGAGGCACCUGCAAGCGGGGAACAGACUGCAGCUGAGGAAAGUGGGGAGAACGAAGAAGGCACCGGACAGGGAAGCCGAAAGACUCGUACCGGAUCGACUCAUGAGAGCGGGCAAGGUAGCACGGAAUACCCAGAGUCGGCUUCUGGGGCUGGCAAAGGGACGUCCGAUGAAAAGGCAAUUUCUACGCCUCCGUCAAUAUCCCUUGACCGGCCAGAAAAGAAGCUACCACCAGCCGCAGAACCACCCAAGAGAUCCUUCUUCGAUUUCUUCCGAAGGAAGCCUGCCGCUGAAACAGCAGCCGCAGCACCUUUAGAAUCUGCAAAGCCCAUGAACGACGCUUCCGUAGUACCCACUGAUGCCACGAAGGCCACGGCGGAAGCUCCGCAGCCACCUCAAAGGAUUGGCCUGAGGUGGCCUUUCUUUCCCAAGCCAGCGUCUGGUGCAUCAACGCCCUCGAAACCACCGCCAUCCCAGCAGCCACCCAGUGCCCCUCCUGCCACUGAACCCAAGCCUUCAUUUUUUUCCCGCUACUUUGCCUCCGCCGGAAAGCCGACGCCAGCUCCUGUGGCACCACCUGGAAAGCCACUGCCUCCAGUUGUUCCCCUUCCAGUAAGCGCGGCGAACCUUGCGCCGACUUCUGCGUGGCGGAAGGAUGCGGCUGGCAGCAUCGUCAAGCCAGGGGAGGAGCCAGAACUCGACAUCCCCGAGGACCUGGGAUCCACGCCCGCCUUGCGAGUGGCACGCCUCGAAAAGAAAACUGACAGCGACGCAGCGCAGUCAGACGCAAGCGGAACUCCUCGCAAGGAUUCAGUGGCCAGCGGAGCAGAGAGCGACAGUGAAGGUGCGGCUGGACAAGGUGGCAAUGGCCAAUCUCAGAAGCCUUUCGAAGAAAUCGUCAAGGAAGAAAUGUUGAAUGUCACAGAUGAACCGAAGACGUCGGUCUUGAUACCGGGUCCCCCUCUGUCUGAGGCGCCCCGCCGGCACAUACCCACCCUGGAGGAGCGCAUGGAACGCCGCCUGGCCGGAAUGAAAGCAGCGCUCAGAGUCUACACCGUGUUAUGCUUUGUCGUGCUCGUCAUUGGCAUGGCCAUCAUGGUUGCCUGCGCCUUCAAGUUUUUCGGCUGCUUCAAUCCCUCGCUGUUUCCAACAAUGAACAAAAUACUAGAGAACACUACUUGCUACACGAACGACUGCAAAGAAUUUGUGAACGUGUUCACAGAGUCGAUGACAGACUCGAUACUCCCGUGCGAGGACUUUUACGAGCACGUGUGUGGCGGCUGGCUGCGCCGCAACAAGGUUCCUCGCCACCGCUACUUGACCAGCACCAGGCUCGAGGCGCAGUGGGCCGUCGAGGGGAGCAUCAUAGAAAGCUUGAACUCCACUCCUGUCUCGUACACCGAUCAGCACGCCGUUCAAAAGGCCAUCGCACUUUACAUCGGCUGCACGAGUAUGGGCUUGCGCAACACGAAGGGCACAAAACCCCUUGAGAAUCUCCUGGACAAAUAUGGCAUCCCCCGGUGGCCCAUCCUGCAUGAGCAAUUCCAGUUGGAUGUGAUGCGCGCGCUGGCUGACAUGAUCCGGGACCUAGGACUGAGCGCCAUCGUGUCCGUUCGCGUCGCCCCCGAUAGUCACGACACUCGCAAGCACAUCGUCUACCUGGGCCAGCCAGAGUUCGCCGUUGAGCGGAGCGUGCUGCGUUCCCCGUUCGGGUCUCCCUACUUCCGUAUCCGGCACCGCUACAAGUUGUUCAUCUUCCGCUCAGCUCAGAUCAUGGGCUCCACAGUGGCUGCCGCGGAGCUCGUGGUCAAUGACAUCGUCCAGUUCGAGGGAAAGCUUGCCGCGAUAUCCGAGGAGCCCGAAGAUUUGCCGAAUCCUAAGAAGUCGUUUCACCUUAUAUCCUUGGAAUCACUUGAGACCGCCAUUCCAAAUAUGAGGUGGACGAACUUCCUGAACACGAUCCUGCGUGACGCCCAGGUGACCUUGGAGAAGAGCGACCGCAUCAUCCUCUCGAACAGGCAGUACCUGCUGCGCCUUCGAAAUAUCCUCGCUGAAGAGAAGGCCUACGUGGUGGCCAACUACCUGGCAUGGAGGGUGGUGGAGCUCAUGGGUCCGCUCACGAAUGAGCGCAUGCGCCGUUGUCGGUUCCGCUUCGACCGGUACCGGUACUCGCAGUUCGAGGUGCCCCCGCUGUCGCGCGAAUGCUACGAACACACGGCACGCUACAUGAAGUUCGCCGUGGCCAAGAUUCUCUACGAUCAGGUGCCUGAGAGAACACUCGAGCGCCAUACGAAGGUUCAACUCGUAGCAGAGGAAAUAAAGGACGCAUUUGCCGUGUGGCUCGACCUUACAACCUGGAUGACUGACAGCAACAAGAAGCUGGCUGCUUUCAAGUUACGGGAUGUCCAAGUGAAUCCGGGGUCUCCGCACUGGGUGAUGUCAGAAAGCGAUCUUGACGACUACUACCGCAGGAUACCUAAUCUUAAGAGAGAGGAAUUUUUCGCCGCAUCUCUGGCCGUUAUGAAAGAGAAAGUACUGAACGACUUCUUUAAGCUCAGGCGGCAUGGUCAUGCACCAGACUUCGGGUGGGUCGAGUCGCAGCCUCAAGCCGAUCCCAUAUUUCAAUACCUCGGAAAUUAUAUGCUGCUCCCCGAAGGAGUCAUACACAAGCCUUUCUUUUGGGUCGAGACAAGCCCGUCAAUCAAUUUCGGUGCUUUGGGCAGCAUUAUCGCCUACUAUUUAACGCUUGGAUUCGGCGCUUAUGGCUCCAUGUACAACCACAAAGGAGUCCUGGAUGACUGGUGGAGUGGCAUGACGCGCCGUCAGUACGGCGCGGAAUCGGUUUGCUUCAAGAAACAAGUAGAAUGGUUCACCAACCCUUUCACCGGUGAAGAGAUAAAUGGUACUGUCAACCAAGACGAACUCGUGGCCGACAAUGCCGCCAUUAAAGAAGCAUUCAAGGCCUACAGGGUAUACAUGACAAAGUACGAAGAGUAUUACAAGAUGGUUCUGAUUCCUGGUUUGGAAACGUACAACCAAGAUCAGAUAUUUUUCUUCGCAUAUGCUAUGACUAUGUGCGAGAAGAUAAGAGGCCGUGCCUUCUACUAUGACCUGCACCCAAAGAAGCUCGUGCCGAACCACCACAGGACGAAUCUUGCAUUGAUGAAUUUCGACAGAUUUGCAGUCGCCUUCGACUGUCCUCUGGGAUCACCGAUGAAUCCUGAGCUGAAAUGCGACGUGUACUGAGCGUAUUUCAAUUGAAACCAACCUUGGAGUUAAUUUGAGAAUAAAUACAGUAGAUUAUUUUUCAGUCGUUA